AUGGCUAUUGAAAAAGUGGAUCACGAUUUUGCGGCCGCUGUUGAUGAACAGAUACCUACCUUUAAAUGCCUUGCAAAGUGUGGUAAGAUUGAUGAAGCACUGGAGAAGUGUUAUGCACUGGAAAAACAAACAAGAACGGCUUCUGAUGCGAUUUCCACUGGUCGUCUUCUUGUUUGCAUCGUGGAAAUGCUAGGUGAUCAUGAGCAAUGGCAAAAAUUGAAUGAACAUUUGGUUAUUAUGUCGAAAAAGCGGAACCAAUUAAAGCAAGCUGUCGCAAAAAUGGUCCAGGUGGCGAUGAAGUACGUUGGAAGCAUAGCAGACGAACAGGUCAAACUAAAUCUAAUAGCCACACUGAGAACAGUAACAGAAGGGAAGAUUUACGUUGAAGUUGAACGGGCUCGUUUGACUCGAAUGCUAGCUCAAAUCAAGGAAUCUAAUGGUUUUGUUAAUGAGGCCGCUGAUGUGCUUCAAGAAGUAAAGGUGGAGACCUUCGGUUCGAUGGAUAAACGCGAAAAAGUGGAAUUCAUUUUGGAACAAAUGCGACUUUGCUUGGCUAAUAAAGACUAUUCUCGUACACAAAUUUUAAGCCGAAAGAUAUCACCAAAGUUCUUUCAAGAGGAAGGAACUGAGGACCUAAAGCUCAAAUUUUACAAGCAGAUGAUUGAAGUCGACAUUCAGCAUGAUGCAUACUUGUCGAUAAGCAAACAUUUUUGGGAAAUUUACAAUACAAAGCUGGUACAAGAGAAUCCUGCUGAUAAAAGAAGUGCUCUUUGUAAUAUCGUUGUGUAUCUUAUACUUUCCCCAUACGAUAAUGAACAUAACGACUUGAUGCACCGUCGGAUGAAACUUCGUGAUCUAGAGGCUCUUCCUGAGUACCUAGACAUGCUCAAAGCGUUCACCACUCAGGAACUUCUUAGUUGGAAAAGUUUCCGUGAACGCCAUGAGAAGACUUUGAGAUGUGAGACUUUAGCCUUCUCUAGUUCUGAUGAUCAUCAAAGGCCAGAAAAAUCUUUCAAAUCUUUACAGGAACGUGUCACUGAGCACAACAUCCGAGUGAUAUCCGCGUAUUAUACUCAGAUACGCCUUGCUCGUUUGGCCGAGCUUUUGCAUUUGGAUGUUGAAGAAGCGGAAGAGUGUUUGUGCAAACUGGUGGUGAACAAGACUGUACAGGCUAAGAUUGACAGGCUCGACACCGUUGUACGCUUCACUGAAAGCAAGUUGGCCACUGAUGUGCUCAACGAUUGGUCCCACAACGCUACCUCUCUUAUGUCCCUCAUUAACGAGGCCACCCAUCUCAUCAACAAGGAGCGAAUGGUCCACUCUUUGUAA